CCCCUGAAACUACACUGUGAGCUCUGCAGCAUCGUGUCCAGCUCUGGCCAGAUGUUGGGCCAGGCUGCAGGCCCGCAGAUCGACCGCUCUCCCUGCAUCUGGCGUAUGAACAAUGCGCCUACACGGGGCUUUGAGCACGACGUGGGCCAGCGAACCACCCUAAGGGUCGUCUCGCACACCAGCGUCCCCCUGCUGCUUCAGAAGCCCCAGUACUUCUUCGGGCAGGGCAACGACACCGUCUACGUCGUGUGGGGGCCACUACGAAACAUGAGGAAGGACGGGAAGGGCAUUGUAUACAACAUGCUGCGACAGGCGGCGGAGAACUACCCUCACGCACGCAUCUAUGUCACUACAGAGGACAGGAUGAACUACUGCGACAUGGUCUUCAAGAAGGAGACGGGAAAAGACAGGACUGAAGGUUACAGAAAAGUUCCCUACCACUACUACGAGGCCGGCAGCCGGGACGAGUGUGCAGAGUACCUCCUUCAUGAGAGUGCCCCCUACGGAGGGCACCGCUUCAUCACAGAGAAGUCUGUGUUUGCCAAAUGGGCCAAAACUCACGCCAUCAAGUUUUUCAACCCACCGUGGCAGCUGUCGUGA